GACACAUAGUUAUCUCCAAAGCUGCUAUAGACUAAAUCGUGUUCGCAAUGUCAGAAAAGACUCCUCUCCUCCAUUACCGACUCGGCAAACAUGGACAGACCAAAGCGACCAACGAGGACAACCCGGUCCCAAAGCUCGGUGUGGUGUUCGGGGUGGUUACACCGACUUUACUGUCCAUGUUCAGCGUUGUUGUGUUUCUGCGAGUGGGAUUUGUAGUGGGUCAAGCAGGACUCUAUCAGUCUGUUGCCAUGUUCCUGGUGGCCUAUUUAAUUAUCACAAUGACUGUGCUCUCUGUGUGUGCGAUCUCUACAAAUGGGGCUUUAGACGCUGGAGGUGCCUACUACAUGAUCAGCCGAGCUCUGGGUCCAGAGUUUGGUGGCAGCAUUGGUAUCAUGUUUUUCUUUGCGAACGUGUGUGGCAGUGCUCUCUAUGUUUUGGGUCUGGUUGAGGCUAUCAUGGCUACAUUUGGCAUCCCAGAAGAAAAUGCUGCACCUGUCUUGGGUCUAACUCAGGUGUUGCCUUCAGGAUACUGGUGGUCUGUGCUUUACGGCACUGUCCUUCUCUUUCUGUGUUUCAUUGUCUGCUUGGUGGGAGCCCACAUCUAUGCCAAAGCUGCGUUCAUCAUUUUCAUCAUCGUCAUGACAGUCCUGGUGUCCAUCUUCAUUAGUUUCUUCGUUGUUCAGCCGUUUGUGGUGAUUCUGCCAGAUACCUCAGCUCUAAACAGCACCAGUCAGAGGUUUGCCAAUUUUACUGGAUUCCACCUCCACACCCUGAAGAGCAACCUAGGAUCCAGUUACACGUUAGACUACACCACAGAAGUCACAAUGACUUUUGCCACCGUGUUUGCUGUCAUGUUCAAUGGUUGCACAGGAAUCAUGGCUGGCUCCAACAUGUCGGGCGACUUGAAAAACCCGAGCUAUUCCAUCCCAAGAGGAACACUUGCAGCCGUCCUUAUAACUUUCAUCACCUACAAUCUGCUGAGUCUGCUGGCUGCCUGGUCCUGUGACCGUCACCUACUCCAAAGAGACUACAGUUUCCUGGGAGAUAUCAAUAUAUGGCCGCCCAUGGUGAAAAUUGGCAUUUACUCCUCCGCUAUAUCUGCUGCCAUGAGUAACCUGAUAGGAGCCUCCAGGAUCCUGUACGCUUUGUCCAAAGACAACCUUUUUGGUGGUGUCCUGGCUUUGGUGAGGAAAACUUCUCAGAGUGGGAAUCCCUGGGCCUCAGUGCUUGUCUCCUGGUUGCUUGUACAGUUGGUGCUGUUUGCAGGCAAAUUGAACACCAUAGCUGGUAUUGUAACCAUCUUCUUCUUGUUGGUCUAUGCUGCUGUGAAUCUGGCCUGUUUGGCUCUUGAAUGGGCUUCUGCACCAAACUUCAGACCCUCAUUUCGGUGGUUUACCUGGCAUACCUGCACACUGGGCAUCCUUGGCUGCCUGGUCAUGAUGUUCAUGAUCAAUGCUAUUUAUGCCUUUGCCAGCAUAGGCUUUAUGCUCCUGCUCUUGAUGCUUAUCCAUUACUUUGGUCCCAUCAGCAACUGGGGUUACAUCAGCCAGGCUCUCAUCUUCCACCAGGUACGCAAGUACCUGUUAAUGUUGGAUGUGCGUAAAGACCACGUGAAGUUCUGGAGGCCCCAGGUGCUGUUGAUGGUGGCAAAUCCUCGCAGCUCUAUAGGUCUCAUGACUUUCAUUAAUGACUUGAAGAAGAGUGGCCUCUAUGUGCUGGGACAUGUAAAGCUGGGUUUACUAGAUGGUUUGCCCUCUGAUCCUUUGCAGAACCGUUAUGACUCCUGGCUGUCUCUUGUGGAUCAUCUCAACAUCAAGGCUUUUGUCAACCUUACCCUGGCCGACUCUGUUCGACGUGGAGUUCAGAACCUGCUUUUCAUUACGGGAUUUGGUGGAAUGAGGCCAAACACCAUUGUCCUGGGUUUCUACGAUGACUGCACCCCUCAGGACCUCCUCCAAGAUAAAAUUCUGAUGUCCAUCGGCUCUGGUUUGGAUACAGUCUGUAUAACCAAAGAUCCCAGAGAGCAGCGGUCCCCCUUUUUCCCCAGUGUGCGGGUUUCUGGGGAAAGCAAAGACCUAAAGGAAGAGGAAUAUGCGUCAGUAAUUUCAGAUGCUGUAAAAAUGGGGAAGAAUGUGACACUGGCUCGUUACUUCAACCAGUUCAGCCGAGAGGACAUUUUGGGAAAAAAGGUUUCAGAUCAGAAAAGCCUGAUGGGCCCCUUUGUUGAUGUGUGGCCUCUGAAUCUGCUCCAACCAGACAGCCAUGGCUACGUUGACAUUUGCUCACUGUUCCUGCUGCAGCUGGCCUGCGUGCUUCAAGAGACGCGUGCAUGGAAACAGGCAAGACUCCGCCUCUUCCUUUGUGUGGAGGCUGGUUGCAGUCUGCAGGAGGAGGAGGAGAAGAAGCUCAGAAAGAUGCUAAAGGAGCUGAGGAUCUCAGCCCAGGUGCAGAUGGUGGCUUGGGACCAGGUGGUAGCGCUGCACUGGCGGAGACAAGAAGGAAAAGAGAGAGGGAUUUUGGUUUCGUCUGCACAGAAUGGGGAAAGGAUGGAGAGAGAAGAAGCUAAGACGGAAGAUGACAUCAAAGUGUUCCCCAAUAACGCUGCUCUGCUUACAGAUGAAUACAUCUCUGCUGUCAACAAUCUGAUUUUGCAAAACGGAACCCCUACACCUGCCGUGCGCUUCCUGUAUUUGCCCCGCCCACCCGCAGACACAAGCCUUUACAGUGCUUACCUUCACCAGCUGGAUCUGUUGAGUCGAGACCUCGGCCCGACAUUGCUCAUUCAUGGAGUCACUCCUGUGGUCACUACUGAUCUUUAGAUAUUGAUCUCUGUAACUCAUCAACCAUCCCAAUCACACAUUGUUAAUCCAUGGAAGUGUCUCUAACCACCACUCCUUCAUAGUAUCAGACAUGGGACUGAGAUCAGAAAGUCAUACCCAAAUUCACUAUUUAUAGAGCUAAUGUUUUUCUUUAGGUCCAUAAGAUUUGAACACCACAUUCACUCAGAUAAUCAAAUAUGCACAUUUUGUGACAUGAAAGGAGGAAAUGUUUGUAGCAGACCUCUC